AUGGCCUAUUCUCUGCUUUGCAUGAUAGUAUUCUUUUUAGGCAUUUUGUUAUGGAUUUACCACUGGAAGAACCCAAGGUGCAAUGGCAAGCUCCCACCGGGUUCCAUGGGUUUACCGGUCAUCGGAGAGUCAUUUCAGUUCUUUGCUCCUUACACCACCUCCGAUGUUUCUCCUUUCAUCAAAACGAGAAUGGAAAGGUACGGCUCUUUGUUCCGAACAAGCCUGGUUGGUCGGAAGAUUGUUGUGUCCACUGAUCCUGAUGUCAAUCGCUUCAUUUUCCAACAAGAAGGGAAGCUGGUUCAAAGCUGGUACAUGGACAGUUUUGAUGAUAUUGUCGGGAAGGAAAAUGUGUUAUCCAGUCAUGGAUUCCUGCACAAGUACCUCAGAAAUUUGGUUUUGAACAUGUUUGGCUCCGAAGCCCUGAAAGAAAAACAUCUUUCGGAACUAGAUGGAUUAACCAUCAAACAUCUGCAGCUGUGGUCUACCCAACCUUCAGUUGAAUUGAAACAGGCCAUAUCAAACAUGAUAUAUGAUUUUACCGUGAGGAAGCUAUUUGGUUGGAAGGAAUCAAGAUCUGCUGAGAAGCUAAGAGGAUGCUAUUCGGCAUUCAUAGAGGGUUUAAUCUCCUUUCCUCUAAACAUCCCCGGAACUGCUUACUGGCAAUGUUUACAGGGCCGCAACAAAGCAAUGAAGGUGGUGAAAAGUAUGUUGCAUGACAGGCGUCGAGCCUCGCCGAAGAAGCAAGACCGAGAUUUUCUCGAUACGAUAGUGGAAGAAAUGAGCAAACCCGGAAGCAUCCUAUCGGAACAGACCGCAUUGGAUUUGCUGUUUGCUCUUCCUUUCGCUGCUUUCGAAUCUGCAUCCUCUGCUGUUGUGUUAGCUCUAAAGAAUCUUCGGAGCAACCCCCUAGCACUAGCAGAACUAACCCAAGAACAUGAAACAAUCUUAAGGGAAAAAGAAACAAAGGGUUCUAGCAUCACUUGGAAAGAAUAUAAAUCAAUGACUUUCACACAUAUGGUUAUCAAUGAAACCAUCAGGCUCGGAAAUAUCGUCCCCGCAAUCUUCAGGAAAGUGGUAAAAGAUAUAGAAAUCGAAGGAUAUACAAUCCCUGCAGGUUGGAUCAUUUUGGCUUGUACACCAGCAGUCCAUUUGAACUCUACGAAAUACCAGGAUCCACUUACAUUCAAUCCAUGGCGAUGGAAGGGACGAGAACUGAAUGCAGGUUCUAAGUUCUUUAUGGGAUUUGGUAGUGGUGUGAGACUUUGUGCAGGGGCAGAAUUUGUAAAACUCCAAAUUGCUAUUCUUCUUCACUAUUUGGUGACAAAUCACAGGUGGACAGUGACGAACGACGGAAAGGCCGUCCGACAGCCGGGACUGUUGUUUCCGGAGGGUUUCCACGUUCGAAUCUUGAACAAAAACUCCUAUGAAGUUGCUGGUGAACGGUGAGAGCAAACCUGGGGGGGAAAACCAGCCUUUGAUCAAGAAUAAUACUAUUAAAUAACAAUUCUAUGUCUAGCCUGUAACUGAUGCAUGAAACAUUUGUUGUAU